AUGGCUGCUAGACCGGCAACACCAGCAUCGCCCAAGAAUGUGCGAAUAAAGCCUCCCCAGCCUGGGACGCCUCUGUUUGGCUGUGAACAUGUACAGCUUCUGCUUUCGAAUAGUCCAGAAGUAAUGAAUAGUUCCAUCUCAUACUAUAAGAUGCUACUGAGAGUCAUCUUCGACAAUUCGCCCCUCGUGCCUCAAACGUCGAAGAGCCCGGAGAAUGUGGUGACCACGUCACUUACGUCCAACUACCUCUGUUUACAAUGCUCUACGAUUGUUCCCGAGGAAGACCGCACAAAACACGGGCAAAAGAAAAGCCACCGAUUCUACGUGGAUUCCAGGAGCGGUGCUCUCUUCUGUCAGUUCUGCGAGGACUUCGUAUGGGAUCCAACUCUCGAGGAAUUGAGAGUAAGAAAAAUAGGCACAGGAUCCUUCACCAGCCGCAAACGAAAGCAUGAAGAAAUGUUCUCGGAUCCCGUCAAGGAGGAUCCGCGCUACAUUUCUACGAACACGAAUGUGGCAUCCUGCAGAGCAGAUGGGCUCCGGGGUAUUUACAAUGCUGGUGCCACGUGCUACCAAAAUGUGGUGCUUCAAAGUUUCCUCCACAACCCUCUACUCAGAAACUUCUACCUCAGCGAUGGUCACCAGAGCGGGGAUUGCCAAAUAUCGCAUUGUCUGAGUUGCGCCAUGGACGACAUGUUCCAAGACUUCUACGCCCAGGAAUCGACAAAUGGUUACACGGCGGCAAAUAUCCUCUCUGGCUUCUGGAUCAGCGAAAAGAAGGCGUUCGAGAACCUUGUUACUACCAAGGAGCAAGACGCCCAUGAAUUCUUUCAGUUCCUGGCUGAGGAAUUGCACGAGAGAAAUGGUGAUGGCAGGAGACCAGAAACGGGAAGCGAGCACACUUGCAACUGUAUCAUCCACCAAACAUUCUACGGAAAGCUCCAGCGUCAGACGACAUGCCAAAAUUGUGGUGGCGUUACGAACGCAGUUGAAUCCUUCCUUGAUCUGAGCUUAGGGCUAGAGAACUUGACUCAAAAGAGGGGAAAGAAGGCGUUGAGAAGCACCUUGACUCUUCAAGAAUGUCUCGACGAAGAGUACAUCAAGUCAGACAAGUGCGAGUACCGCUGUCGGAACUGCGAGACAACACAGCAGGCGCGUAGAGAUCACAGUAUAAAGCUGUUGCCAAACGUGUUGUCCAUACAACUCAAGAGAUUUGAGUUCAAGCAAAGCAGCAAAAACUCGGGUUCAUCCAAGAUCGAAACCCCAGUCCGCUUUCCCUUGCAGCUUAACAUGCUGCCCUACACAACACGUGGAAGAUCGCCAGACGCCCGUGAGAACCAGGAGCUAAACCGGUCGUGCACAUAUGACCUCUUGAGUGUCGUGGUCCACGUUGGCGAGAUCGACACAGGCCAUUACCUUUCCUACUGCCGAGUAGGCGAGCAAUGGUUUGUAUUUAAUGACCACAAAGUUGAGCUAGCCAACAAAUCGGUAGUUCUGAGCGCAAACGCCUAUCUCCUCUUCUACAUCAUCCGCUCCCUAACCUGA